AUGUUACUUCAAAAUUUGAAUACAGGAGCAUAUUUUUAUGCUGAUAAACUGUCGAUCGAAUAUACAUCAGUACGACCAAAUAAUGGUGGAACAGUAUUAGUGUUUCAAUUUGAAAGUAAUAUGACAGAAUAUAAUGGAACAUUGUCCUAUUUAAUGAAAGGAAUCACGUGGAAACCGAACUAUGAUCUCUUUUUGACAGACAACAAUGAGACCAAACUUCGUGCUUAUGCAAAUAUUAAGAAUGGUCAACAACAAGAAUAUAAUGUAGAAAAUACCCAUUUGUUAGGUGGUGAUAUACAAUUAGCUACCAGUAAUCCAAACUUUAAUGAUAUGUCUCUUCUCAGACAAGCAAGUGCAGACUUGCAGAAAAUUCAAAGUGACGGAGAACAAAAAGGUUUGUAUUCGUAUUCAUUGAAUGAUCAAUAUACACUUCGUUCGUUGAGUUCUAUUCGUUUACCAUUUAUUGAUAUUGUUGCUAAGUAUCAAUUCUAUUAUAAAGCGUUGACAACUAUGAACAGAGGACAGUAUCAAGGUGUCUUUGAAAGAAAUUACGAUUUGACACCUGAUCAUUUUAUGCCGGCCGGCAUCAUUUCUAUUAAUGAUAAUCGAAUACUUGUUGGUCAAUCGAAUUUACCUGAUGUUCCAGAAAAUUACACGCAAUCAAUUAGUGUUGGUUAUGACAAUGAUGAUUCGUCACCUGUCACCACAUUACAUAAGCGCCAUGUUCCUUGGUCAAGUUUUGCUAAAUUUUGUUUGCAUAUUUGA